AUGAGGAAGCGUACAUAUUCCAGUUUGGUGUUGCUAUACAUAGAAAGGGCGGAAGCAGGGRUGUGCGAGAAAAARAGUGGUCAACAUAGCCAGAAGGAGGAGGCUUUUCGUUAUAUCCUUACGCUUCASUCACUUCUAGAGAAKCCCCCGGGAGAUUUUCCUYAUGACCUUCGAGAAGAAAUUGUGAAUGGCCUCAUUCAUAUCUUCUCCUUUGUAAGAGAAGAGGGAAAGCUCUCACGCAAGCUUAUUGAAUGUGUCAAUUCGUUCUUGCUAAAGGAUGGUCCUAAUAUAGGCUCCUUGUCAUUGGAAAUUCAUAAUGCGGUUCAACAAUUUGUUUUCCGUUGCUGGUUAACAACCCAUGAUAAGAACCUUAAGGAUGACAAGUUUGGGGCAUUGAGCAGCUAUCAGAAUAGCUUGGUUGAACUUGCUGCACAUAUGCUCUACCGGAAUUACUCUGUAAGGAAGCGACGAACAUCUCAAGACUGCAGGGGGGUUGCUGGAAUUUCCUGGAAAGAUAUGGUUAUUAUGGCUAUAGAAGCGAUCAUACAGGAUCCUUGCUGGCAAGAUAACGUCAAGAAAAAUUUAACACGGAUUCCUGAAGAAACAAGAAAGAAACAGCAAGCAAAGGGUCAUAUUCCUGAAGAAGGAUACAUAAUAAAAUAUGUGCCAGUCCCACCUACCUGUUUGCCAGUUUCAGAUUUUCCUGAUGGUAUCAGCACCAUGUCAGCGGUCGCAUCAAUUAGGGAGGUAGUUGUUCCCUCUUCAAGAAGGUUAGCCAGGCCAGGGACACUUCAAGAAUCUGAUGGUUGUUCUUCGGGAUAUAGUAAUUAUUAA